CUCCGGCGGCCGCGGCGCGAUGGAGGCGCCGGCCGAGCUGCUGGCCGCGCUGCCCGCGCUGGCCACGGCGCUGGCGCUGCUGCUCGCCUGGCUGCUGGUGCGGCGCGGGGCCGCCGCGAGCCCGGAGCCCGCGCCCCCGACCGAGGCCCCCGGGACCCCCGCGCUGCCCGGCCCCUGCGCCCCGGAGGCAGCGGCCGCGCCGGAGGGCCCGGGGGAGCUCGAGGGCCCAGGGGAGCGCGCGGCGGCGCCGGCGGAGGCGGAGGAGCAGGCCGCCGAGGCCAGGCAGGAAGAGGAGCAGGGUCAGGAGCAGGAUGUGGAGGAGCCACUCCAGGCAGAGCCUGAGGAAGAAGAUGGGGCAGAGAUCUUGUCCUUUAAAUACAGCCCCGGGAAGCUGCGGGGAAACCAGUACAAGAAGAUGAUGACCAGAGAGGAGCUGGAGGAGGAACAGAGGAUUGAGCUGACCUCUGACCUCACUUCCCUGUAGCGCGUUCUCUAGGUCCUGAGCCACACAUAAUCUUGCAAAUCCUUUUGAACCGAAGAAUAAUGAAGUUAUCCUUAGCCUCCUGCUAAAGGCUUUUCCUUUUGACAUCUUAAAAACUUGAUAGAUAGAAUGGGAAUCCCCACGCGGGCUCCCAGGUGCCACUUGCCUACCUAAACCCGCUGGGACCUAGAGCCUCCAUCAGGACCUGUCCCCUCGGCAGGGAGGAUGCCGGGGGGGCGCCUUGACCACCCCCUCCCCCAGGGGAGAUGUGUUCCUCCCUGUUGGUGUGGAUCGCUUGGUUAAGCGAGGGUUUCAGAGACUUUGGUUUCUCGUAUCACUGAACCCAGCUCCCCGCACCCCCUUCGCACCUGUGAUCUCACCAGUGGCAGUCGCCUCGUCGUUUUAAACCCAUGUAGCUUCAUUCCAGCCCCCGCUGCCUUUUCCUCCACUGAUGCCAAACCAGGCAGACGAGGGUGAGAAGCCGGUGCUCACUAGCUCAGGGUGGUCGGUUGAUUGUCUUCCCCUCCCUGGGGACCCACUUCCCCCUUUCGGGCGCGGUGGUUGGGGGUGAGAGGCGCUAUGGUGGUGGCGGCGCGGCAGAGAAGCAGCACCCACUAUCGAUCGAUUUGCGUUGCCCUUCGUCUUCAUUUAGAGGAGGCUUGGAUCCAGCCCUCUGGUUGCUAAGAAGCCUUUUCACUGAUGCUCUUACCAAGCUCUGCCCAAUCUCCACCUUCGCUUUGGCAGAAGCAAUAAUAAUAGUUUGCUUUAAAUAGAUUUCUUGACUAUGCCUUUUCCUAGAAGGUUUCAUAGAUGAGUUAGGAUUUCAUGAGACAAUGAGAGCAGUCCCGGAUUCUUUUCUCAGAAUUUUAUAUUGGACGAUAUUUAUACUCUACCAGACUAGUCCGCAGUUUUUAGAUGUGUCGGUUACGACCUUUUUUAAGCAGUGAGUUUUUUAGAAAAAUAUUUUCCAUCUGAUGGAAGGUCAUGUCGCAUUCCCAGUGGUCCUCUCCCCUCUGGGCCUCAAACCUCAGGUUUAGGGACGGAGCGCGGAUCAGAACACCAGCCACACGGAGACCUGACAGGUAUCGUUAGCACAUGGGUCCCCACACAGCAAUACGACAGCCUUGUCCCGGCUGGGAUCUUAUUGAUACGGUGAGCAGGUGACCGCCUCCCUCCAGGUCAGUCACCUUGCUGGCGAGUUGUCCGGAAUCUUUCUGAACAUGGCUCGCGGGCCCCAAGCCUCACGUUCUCCUGACGGCUUGGAUCUGUGUAUUCAGCCUUUGUUCAGCCCAAUAAACUCUGAGUAGAUGAUCUCA